AUGAUACUUUACAACGAGUCUUCUUCUGCUGGGGUCUCUGAGUUUCUCUUGAACUGUUUUGUCAGAUCUCCAAGUUGGCAGCACUGGCUCUCCCUGCCUUUGAGCCUGCUCUUCCUCCUAGCCAUGGGUGCCAAUGCCACCCUCCUAAUCACCAUUAGGAUGGAAGCAUCCUUGCACGAGCCCAUGUACUAUUUGCUCAGCCUCCUCUCCAUACUGGAUAUCGUGCUCUGUCUCACUGUCAUCCCCAAAGUUCUGCUUGUCUUUUGGUUUGACCUCAGACCCAUCAGCUUCUCUGCUUGCUUCCUUCAAAUGUUCAUCAUGAACAACUUUCUUCCCAUGGAAUCUUGCACCUUCUUGGUAAUGGCGUAUGACCGCUAUGUGGCCAUAUGCCACCCCCUGCGCUAUCCAUCCAUCAUCACUGAUCAGUUUGUGGUCAAAGCUAGUAUCUUUAUUGUGGCACGGAACACCCUCCUCACUGCUCCAAUUCCUAUCCUCUCUGCCCGGCUCCAUUACUGUGGGAAUAACAUCAUCGAGAAUUGUAUUUGUGCCAACCUGUCGGUCUCGAAGCUCUCCUGUGAAAAUGUUAUUGUCAAUAAGAUCUACCAAUUAAUUGUGGCCUGGACUCUGCUUGGCUCUGAUCUUAUACUUAUUUUCCUCUCCUAUUCCUUCAUUCUGAGGGCUGUGAUGAAGCUUAAGGCUAAAGGGGCUGCUGCCAAGGCCCUAAGCACAUGUGGUUCCCACUUUAUCCUCAUUCUCUUCUUUAGCACCAUCCUGCUGGUUUUCAUCUUUACUCAUAUGGCCAAGAAAAAGGUUUCUCAUGAUGUCCCUGUCCUACUCAAUGUCCUGCACCAUGUAAUCCCUGCUGCCCUUAACCCCAUUGUCUAUGGGGUGAGGACAAAAGAAAUUAAACAGGGAAUCUGGAGGUUACUGAGGAAGGGGCAAUGA